UCGGGAGGAUCGAUUUUCGUUCUAUUAUCCUACCAAAGAAAAGCAAUCCGAGACGAAGGAAAGUGGUUUGCGGUCAGCACAAAGGGAUAAAAGAGGAAGAUCGUUCGCGUGUGUGUGUGUGUGUGUGUGUGUGUGUGUGUGUGUGUGUGUGUGAGAGAGAGAGAGAGAGAGAGAGUAAGAGUAGGCGGCGAUGUCGCAUGCAACGUGCCUCCAGGCUAUUGGCUCCGGUCAGCUSGAGCGUUUGAAAUUCAAUCCUCUGUCGUCAUUUUGUUGUACUUCUUCCUCUUGUUCGCCAUCGUCGAUCGAGAAGACUGGGUCUUGCAGCACCAUCGGAAGUCUCUCUGGCCAUGUUGUCACAGGGACGCGCGCGGCAUUGCCGCGGCGGCAUGUGACCAGUCGGUCGACGCCGUAUCGCGCAUCAUGUGAGAAGUGGGAAGGGAUCAUUGCGGCACAGCGCUCUUCGCCGCCUCAUCUGAGGACGAGGGGCUUAGGUGCUGACUUCAGGGCCGAACAUGAACGGGUUGGUACAUCGUUCCCAGCUGUGUGGUUCGGGCAGCCCUCGAUCAUAGACGACGUGCGUAGGCGAAUAAUUGGCCGCGGAAGCAGAGCGUUGAUGUUGGCAUCGGCACCACAGGGAGGGAAAAGGGCAGUAUGGGGUUUGGUGGUAAUUAGUGAGGUGUCCUUUUCUGGGAAGGACAGGCGGAUGAAGGAGCUGAGCGUGGCUGAGAGAGUUAGGGGAAUCAUUUGGAAGAGGAGCCGUGGUGCGGGCGUUAGAGCCCAGGCAUACGAUGCCGACGCGGUUGUGGCGAGUGUCGCCGCUCAGAAGAUGGGGGAAGAUCCCGUGGAAGCAGCUAAGCGCCUCCAGGUGUCACAAAGGGUGGCAAGGGCUGCAGAGCUGUUCAAGAGACUUGGUGUGAUUGGUUUCUGGAGUCAGUUGGUGUGCACCUUCGUCUCUGCUGGCAUACUGGCCUUCUGCUUGGUGCUGACAGGGAAGGCUACAUUAGUUCUUACUCUGUAUUUGACAGCAGCUGGCAUAUGUGCCGCAUUUCUUUCAGUCUUCUUGUCCUUGGGAUACACAAGGCUGUCUCUUCGACUUCGUGAAGGUGUCGGCAACCCCAGUAAGGCUCCCCCAAGAUCGCAUGUGGUCAGGAAUUUGACGAACGGACUUCUGAUUAACUUGGUUGGUAUGGGUGCGGCGAUUCUUGGAAUGGAGGCGACUGUUGGUGUGCUUGUUGGCAAGGCGUUGACCUCUUCGGCCGCUCCUAUGUUGCAGGCUAACCCAAGCUUUAGCCCCGUGUUGGCAUUAGAUGUAUUUCUUGUUCAGGCUUCCACAAAUACUGUUCUUUCGCACUUCAUUGGCAUGCUUCUGACAUUAAUGUUGUUGAGAUCAGUGACUCUGUCACAACCUCCUCCUGACUCAGUCAUCCCCAGGGUCACAUAGAUUCUCUCCUAUCAGAAGUUGAUGGGGCUGUGGAAAUGAUUUAAUGCCGUUUGACUUC